AUGGCGAGGAUCAAGGCUCAUGAGCUGCGGGGCAAGUCCAAGCAGGAGCUGCUGGCCCAGCUUAAGGACCUGAAGGCCGAGCUGGCGGCUCUGCGUGUGGCCAAGGUCACUGGCGGCGCGCCCAACAAGCUCUCGAAGAUCAAGGUGGUGCGCAAGAGCAUCGCGCGCGUGCUGACCGUGUACCGCGCCAACCUGCGGACCGCGCUCAAGAGCAAGAUCGACGAGGACGGCAAGAACAAGAAGGGGAAGAGCCUGCUGCCCCUGGACCUCCGCACAAAGAAGACCCGCGCCAUCCGGCGGGCCCUGACCAAGGAGCAGCAGUCCAAGCUGCUCGUGAAGGAGGCCAAGCGGGCCCAGGCCUUCCCCAGCCGCAAGUACGCCCUCAAGGCGUGA